AUGAGUAAUUCUGGAAGCCUUGGUUUUUCUUCCCUUCAAAAAAUAACAGCUGCUUUGAGGAUGUUUGCAUAUGGUGUCACGGCUGAUUUUAUGGAUGGAUAUUUGAAUAUUGGAGAGACUACGGCAUUAAGAAGCCUAAAAAUGUUUGUUAAAGCAGUUGUUUCAAUUUUUUCUGAAGAGUACUUAAGGAAACCCAACAAUGAUGACAUUGCUAGACUGCUCGCAGUUGGUGAAAAACGUGGAUUUUCAGGGCUUACUCCGACUGUUAAUUACACUAUUAAUUGUCAUAACUAUGCAAUGAGAUACUAUCUUGCUGAUGAAAUUUAUCCACAAUGGACAAUAUUUGUUAAGACCAUCUCAGCUCCCCAAGGAAACAAGAAAAAAUACUUUGCUGCAGCUCAAGAGUCUGCAAGGAAGGAUGUGGAGCUUGCUUUUGGUGUGCUUCAAGCACGAUUUGCUAUAAUUCGUGGACCUGCAAGGUUUUUUCACAUUGAAACGCUCAAUGAUAUUAUGAUUGCAUACGUAAUUUUACAUAAUAUAAUCAUUAAAGAUGAACAUGCUGACAACGAAGAAGAAGAGUUUGAAUAUGAACAGUUGGCAUAA